GCUAAGGUUUCAGUUGUGCUUUUGAGUUGCGGAUUCGCGUUUGUAUGCCAAUAUAAAGAGAAAAUAAAAAAAUUGCUGCAAAUAUUUUAGUUUAGUGCUGUGCCGUGUAUUUCAAGAGUCUAGAUAUACGACUAGAAAAAAAAAAUUAAAAAAAUAGAACAUAAAAGCGGUGGUUUUUUUCUGUGUCAGUGUGCCUUUAUUGUUUCCUCUCUCAACAAAAUAUAAUCUCUUUAUCCAAAGAUCUUCUUCGCUGAAACAUGUCAAUGGGAUUAUCUAUGUUAUUUACGGUUCUAGGUUUGCUCCUUGCUGCUGCCGGUAUCUUAGAUGCUGCUCCUGCCCCUUACCAAGAACUGCUACCUAGAGCUGGCUACGUUCCUGUUUAUAUCCGUGAAGGUGAAACUCCACUUAGUGAAAUUCAUCCAAAAUUAGCCGAAGCAUUCCAUGAAGUUGAACACAAAGACUUGUCCUCCGACAACAGCAACUCAGAAUCCACCUCCGACGAACUAAAUUCUUCAAAAUCAAAUGAAGAACAAUCUGUUCCAGAAGUUCCAUCCGAACCACUUAUUGACAUUUCUUCGAAUGAUUCCAACAAAAAGUUAGAAGAAUCAAAAGAACCCAAUCAAAAUGUCGUUGAAGCUGCCAAAGAAGCUAUUAAAGAAUUAGUUAGUGUUUUUGAAAAUGAAAUGUUAGAUAAACUUGGUUUAGGUGAAGAUAUUGAAGAUUCAAAACCAUCUGAAGCUGAUAAGAAGCCUCAACAAAUAAGUAUUGAAAGCCAAAAGACUGAUGAAAAUAUCGAUAACAAACCAUCAUCAGCAUCAUCUGAAAAGGCAUCUGAUGUUUUGACAGUUGAAGCUUUUAAAGCUAAAGAUUUUAAUAAGGAAUCAAUCAAAGAUGCGGAAAUGGAUGUUCCAGAGGAUGUACCAUCAGAGCAGUAGUAUAAAAUAUAGUUUGUAGAGCAUACAAAAAUUAAUAAAUAAAAAUUAAUUUUCACCAAGUGAA